CAUGCUUAACUGACUGAGCCACCCAGGGGCCCCUAGGAGAUUUUACUUGUGAACAUCUUCCUUCCCUCUUCUAUUUUUAGUUUUUUGGGUUUUGUUUUGUCUUGUUGCGUCUUUUGGUUUUUUAACCUGAGUUAUUGAUGGUCAUAUUUUCACUUUUUUUAGGUGGGAGUUUUCUGAGCUUUCUUUACCUAAAGAGUGGAAUGCAUCUAAAUAUUUCCCCCUUUUUCUCCUGUUUCUUCCCAGGGAAGGAGAAAUAUAUUUAUUAUGACAGAAUUUUAUCAUAUUUUAGGCUCAUAUCGAAAAAUUGACAAGUGCAGGAACUGCUGUAUGUAGAAAUAGUCACAUUGGCCUGGAAAAUGAAAGCCAAAAAGAGUGGGAAGCAGUCAAAUGUGGAGCCAUUGGCCUUGUUUUCUUUUUUCAGUAAAUCCUUCUAGUAUUAAUACCUAGUUUAAUAAAACUGAUUUUAAAGAGUUGUACCUUUUACGACAUUUCAUUGAACCACUCUACUUUUAAUGUCCUACAGUGUGACAAAAUUUUGUCUCCAUUAUUGAUGAAAUGGGAGCAGACUUUUUGUAUGUUGGUGUUGUCUUUGUGGUAUAGAUCUGGGGAGAAUGUCUUGUUUGGUGGUAAAUUAACAUUUUGGCAAUAUCUAGGUCACGAAAUAGGAUUUAACCUGGGUAUGUUUAAACCUGGGUAUCCACGUCCCUGGUUGAAAUCUUCCCAACAGAUUUAUCUUUGACCAAGUCACCCUGUUGUGUUGUGCCACGGACCAAGAUUGAACAGUGCUGCAUCUAGUCCAGGCCUCUCUGAGGUUAGAUCGAAGGACCCCCAUCCACAAUGCUCUUGUAGCCUUCCUCUUGUCAAAGAAUUAGAGCUCACGCAGAGGACAGUGCGUAGAGAGCUGCUGUGCCUUCCGUGUCCCAGCCGUGGGGGCCAGUUGGCCUUUUGGUUUUGGCGAAUCCUGCUUUAUGAUAAGGCCCCCUCGCAUUUCCCACCGUUUCCGUGAGAGGUGGGCACUGUGCUGUAUAUGUCCUACAGGGCAUGUUGUACUCAUACUUGUCCUGUCUGAGUGUGCUGUAGCUCCUGUUGUUGUUUUAAGUUCAACUUUUAUCAAUAAAGAGAAUGUCUUCACAUCGGAUGAAAGAUGGCUGUGUGGUGUGGUUUGUGGGAUGGAUUCUGAUGUUCCAUUUUGUGUUCUGCACGUGGAACUGUCUCGUUCUCCUGGUUCUAAACGUGGCCAGCUGACCGUGGAAGCCCUCGGAGUUCCGCAGUGACUUCAUAGAGGAGCUCCUUGGGACUCUGGGACAGCGCCAAGAUGUCUCAGUUGAAAUGGAAGUCGAAAACCAGCAUACCUCUGUCAAAUGUAGCCAGCAAGUUUACCUGGGGAGAACACGCUGGUUCAGGGUCAAGACCAGUGUCUUCCGAGGACUUAAGAGAGAGCCCACAGUCUCAAAAGGCAUCCACCCCAGGUGGAGUCCAGAAAAGCGAGGAGGUUCUUAGCUCCCCGGCAUCAUCUAUCACCCUUAGCCAACAUGAGUCUCAACUGUUCACCCCGCUACACAUGGCCAAGAUGGAGAAAAUGUUUGAGGAUGAUAUUGACUCGACCAGAGCCCUGGACAUGAAUGCUUUCAUUAAGGCCAUGAGGAAGAUUCUGAGCAAUAUGUCAGAUGAGAUGCUGGAGGCGCUGUUUCUGAAGGUGGACACAGACUGUACUGGCUCCGUCACCUGGCAGAAGUAUGUGGAUUACAUGAUGCGGGAGUUGCAGAGAAGGGAGAGGAUGAAAACAAGCCAGUACCGCCUGCGCUUCCACCUUCCCAUGAGGAUCGUCCCCCUGAACCAUGGCUGUGAGAUUGUGAAGGUGCAGUUUUUAACCCAGCGGUUCAAGAAGACGGGACAUCUCCUGACUGUCACCAAGGAUGGGAUCUUGCAGAUCUGGUCUGAGGCCUUCUCGCUGCUUAACUCCUUUAGGCUUAACCAGAUCCAGCAGGUCUAUAACCUGCAGAUGUGGGUCAUCGACAUGGUGUGUCUCUAUAACAUGAACCUGAUUGCAGUUGCAUCUACUGACCAGAAGAUAGAGUUCUUUGACAUUAGCAACCGUAACUGUGCCCGGGCCUUCACCUUCAUUGAUCUGGACAGCUGUGUCCUGGCCAUGGACUACUGGUCUGACUAUCACAGAGGUGUGUUCUGCUACGGGGACACCAAAGGCAACGUCAUCGUCUUCACCUCUGACAAUGUGACCCACGGGUUGUUCAACCCCCGAAUCCUUCCCAGGACCUCCAAAUGGGAUCACUGGACCAAAGUUUCUGCACGGAAGCUCCUAAAUGAAAAGUCCCCUUUGUAUAGGAGUUACCAGCUGAAGGCUCUCCAUCCCAACUGGUGCCAACAGGUCAAGUUCAUCCCCCAGCUGAACACGGUGGCCUCCUGUUCGGCCAUUGAGAAGUCCUCUCUGGUGCUGACCAUGUUGCCGUCCAAAGCCCCAGAGAGCCCCAAGUUUUCAGUGCUGAACUUAAGAAAAGGGAUUCUUUGCUUUGAUUACUGCCCAGACAAGAACUUAGUGGUGACCGGUGGCUAUGACCCCCUCAUCCGCCUGUGGAACCCCUUCUUCUCAAAAAAGCCCGUGUGGAUGAUGAAGGGGCAUCAGACUUCCGUGACGCACAUCCUGGUGAACAGCAAGAAUAGCAGCAUCCUCCUCAGCGUCUCCAAGGACAAGAAUAUCCGCGUGUGGGACAUGCAGGACUACAUAUGCCUCCAGUCCUUCUGUGGGAAGCUUUUCGCCCUGGGGAACUGCCCCAUCACCAGCAUCUACUUCCACAAGAAUGAAGACAGUCUCAUCUGUAGCACCUAUUCGAUUGGGAUCCUCAAAGGGUACUUGGAGACCGAGGAGCCAGGAAAAACAGGGGAGAAGACCACGACCUACAGCUCACCCGUGUGCGCCGUCCUCUACAGCAAGAUUUUUAAGCAGGUGGUGAGCGGCUGCCUGAGCAGCUUGGUGAGUGUGUGGGAGGUGGCGACGGGCAGGCGGACGAUGGAGUUCUCUGUGACCGGCGACCAGCAGAUGGAGCUGACCUCCAUGUGCCUGGAUGAAUCGGAGCGCUGCCUGCUCACUGGUUUGCGGGACGGCACUAUAAAGAUGUGGAACUACGCCAUUGGUGAAUGCCUACUGGUCUUCCCCAACACGGACCACCUGGAGAUUAGUGGGAUUGUCCAUAUGAACAAAGCGUUCUACGUGACCGGGUGGAGUAAGAGAAUCACUUGUUUCAUGCUCCACAAGGCCAAGCCGGUGCUCAUGUGCUACCACUGGCACACCUUCCACAAGGAGGACGUUCUGAGCAUGGCCAAGUACCAGAACCAGUUCCUCGGGACCUCUUCCUACAAUGGGGACAUCCUCUUCUGGAACGUCAACCUGUUCAAGCCCAUCCUCAAUUUCAACGCCUCUGUGAGCCCCUUGCCUUUGCUGCCCAAGAAGGUCCAAGAAGUGGACAACUUCCUGGCCAAGAGCCUAUGGUCGGGCAAGUCCUGCAUGGAGCACCAGGAGUGGGCUCACAGACCACCAGGGCAGCCCCCGGGCCCCAGAGCCAGGACUGUGGCCAACGCCAAUCUGCAACGGAACCUGAUGUCGGCCCCCCCGGUGAUGAAGCACCCCAGAGACAAGCAGCCAGAGAGGCCUGCGCCCCCACAGAAACCUGUCCACUCUGGAAGCCCCAAGCUGUUAAGAACGGCCUAUGGUGCUCAAAGAGGGGAAUUCCAGAAGAAGAUACUGCUGCAAUCCAACGCGUCGGUGGAGAAGAUCAUCUUCCUGCAGACCAGGCCUCGCCAGCCACGUGUAGCCGUCCUGCUGAGCAGCUGCAUCGACGGCCACAUCUAUGCCUGGUCCAUCCACGGGGGUGGAGGCCUGCUGGGGAAGUUCCCUGUUGACUUCCUAAGCCGGGGGGAUGUGGUCGUGGGUGCCAUGGCCACGGAUGAAAAAGACUUGAUCCUUGUCACAGGGGAUUGUAAAGGAUACAUCAAGAUCUGGGACAUCAAGGAUUACUGCACAUUCACUGACAGGUGGUCAUCUCAACCCAGUGGAACAAACAAGUUCCAGUUCUUAAUUCCUGAACGGGUCCAGAUCAACCUCCCACACUACAUCCCCUUGGAGGAGAAGGAGGUCGUGGCUGGCCAGACCAUUUCCCUGGUUCCCCCCAAGCUUCUGAAUUCCUGGAAGGGCCAUUUGGAUAGUGUGGCAGACAUCCUGUAUGUGGAUAGCUUCCAGCUGGUUGUCAGUGCUGGCCAGGACUGUGACGUCAAGGCUUGGAAACUCUCCGGUGACACCAUUGGUAUGGGUCCUGCUGAAGGGACAUUUGGCCUGAGUGUUUGGAAAAGGUUGCAGGAUAUUCAGAUUGUUGGUGAUCUUAAAGUGGGAAAAAGCUCAGAGGAGGAGGCUGACUCUACAGAUGCUGCCCAGAAGGCCUUCCGUCCAGAGCUGCGGGAGCAGCGGGCUCUGGCCGAGGCCCUGGUGUACCAGCGGCGGGAGCAGGUGGCGCUCAUGGCUCUCCUGAAUGGGAAGGCAGACGUGGAGGCUGAGGCGUGGGCUAAGCUGCAGAAGAUCACCCAGACGUCCCCAUGGGCUGGGGAGCGCUCCCCGGAAGACAUUGAGUGUAGCUGGUGCAAGUGGGAGUCCAAGGGCAAGCAGAUGAGCGAAGUUGUGGGAGCAGCGUACAAGCCCAAGGACCGGUCGCGGAGUUCCCGACUCCUGUCCACCCACGUGCAGUAUGACUGGAUGAAGUACCAGAUUUCACCUCAGAUCUACCAAAGCCUACACUUCAACAGACUGUCACCCACCCACACACCUGACCUCGUGCUGCACAACGUUCUAGAGCAGCAGGGCCCGCACAGCCACCUGGCAGCCCACCACAGCCACAAGGACCCAGAUCCUGAUAGGGACACCAGCUCGUCAGCCACCUCCCUCCCCGUCAGCGACACCCUCACCCUGACAGCCUCAGACUCCGGGUUCCUGGAGUCUGCCUUGUCCAGCUCCCCAUACCUCCGGGCCUCCCCCUCGGUCCUGUCCCAGGCACCCAAGUACAUCAUGCAGAGGUGGGCGACCCCCAUGCCUGCUGCCUCAUCCGUUGAACUGCUCUCAAGACCUCUGAAGGCCACCCUUCGGUCCUCCACGAAGAAGAGCUACCGCAUCCGGUUCUAAGGUGGCCCACCCUCUCUCCAGUCCUCCAGCGCAAGGCCCAGGCCCACGGGCCUCCUGUCUGUCCCUGGCUUAUUACCCCUGCUAGGCCCAGAAGAUAGAGACCUUCUAUUGACCUCCUUCUUCCCCAGAGGCCUGGAGAAGAAAAUAAAUAUUUGCACAUAUCGGAGUCCCAUAGGCCAGGAGGUUGGGUUGUGUGCCCCUUGCCACCUUAGACACCAGGCUGUGUCUGACAUUGGGCCGUGUUCCCCCCCACCAGGCCCUGGCUGGAUGCAGGGGAGAGUCCCCUCCCCCAGGACACCUGGUGCAGCCGUCCGGCAGGUGAAGCAUAGGGCUGGGACCUCGAAGGCUCCAUGGUGAUGUGGCUGGUGGGUCAUGCCGCUGGGGUGAGCUGUUUGCUUCUGAAACUUGGUUCAGCCUCAUGGCUAGACUGAGGCCCAGCAGCCAUCUGGAGGUGGUGGUGGUGGCUGUGUGUCUCCUGCCCUGCUGUGUGUCUG